UUCCUAUAGAAGAACGGUUCUGGGUUAAAAUGGGGGGACGAAAGCUUGGGUAACAGGCCGUUAGUUCUGUUACCCAACCGCUCGGCGGCGCCACCUAUGAGUUUCCUACAGCUUGGCGCGCAUAUGAGCACGCACAAGCAGACGAUUCAUCAUUCAUGCAGUAUAUUAUGUAAAAUAUACUUUUUAACAAUAAUGAAAGUAAAUAAAUGACAAGAAAAUGAAUAAUGAGUGUGUAAGGAGGUUUUACAAAAGUAUUGGUUGCGACAACCAUAUUUUUCUGACUAGGAAAAAACCGCGAAAACGCAGCUCCUGUCAGUUUCCCGCUCGAUCCUGCUGUGUAAACAGCGCGAAGAGAGCUUUACCGCAGUCUCUGUGUUUGUUGGUCAUUGUAGUCGACAGUUUACAGAUUUUUUUUGCAACAAAUAGCGAUAAAUAAUAGUAGUGAAUAGGGAAGUACAUCGUUCUAGUUUCGUGAGAUUUUUUUGGAUAGGUUUAUCGUGUUUAGCGAAGAAGAUUUCGUGGUCAGCAUGUCGCCUCCACGUGCACUUUGUGUCUACACCGAUUGUGGAACAUCGAAGGCAAAAAAUCCUGAUUUGACCUUUCACAGAUUUCCCAGUGAUGAGAUACGGUAAAUCUGUUUAUCACGAGUGUUAUUAGAGUAAAUAAAUGUGAAAAUUCAGUAAUCAGAGGUUAUAAUAACGUCCGAAAUUCAUGAAAAUCUUUAUACAUUAGUAAAAGUUUCAGAUGUAGAUAAAUUAAAGGAAAAUUGCAGAAAUAAACAAAUAAUUUGAUGAUUAUCAAGGUAAAAAGUCUAUACAAAACAUUUUUAACGAGAAAUUUGGUUUUUUUGUACCAAAAAUAGUGAUGGUUUUGGAUUUCAAUUUUGCAUUUAUUGGUUUUUGGUUUUGAUGAGCAAGUGAUAUUUUAUUUAGAUAUAAUUUAUUCCUUCCUAGGAAGCCUUGUAAUAGUGAUUUUUUGAGUUUGUCUAAAAACGUGUGGGAAGUGUGUUUUGAUGCAUUCUGAGUCGAGAAAUGGUCUUUUUGGAAAAUGUCCGUACGGAUGCGUGUGUGUGUCCGUUUUUACCUUUUGUCUACUCGUUUUUUUUUAUAGUGAUUUUUCAGUUUUGUGAUUUGAGUUUUUUACGAUAAAGAAUUUUAAGUAUCACGUAAUAAUUAAACUAUUAUACACUAUUACAAUUUUCAUAGUGCGUCACAUAUAAUAUUUAUUUAUUAUUUACAUCUACGCUGCUAUUAUUUAAUUUUAUAACAUUCAUGUAGCAAGGAGAUUGACAUUCGGCUGACUUGACGACUGCAAGCUUAAAAUUUGAAUGGCGCCGUGAGAGUGAGAGAGACAGCACGAUAGAAAUUGAUGGCUGCCGCCAUCUCGCGGAGCGUACCGAACUAUCGCUUUCCGUCCCCUCGCCGCUAUACGAACCGUUCUUCUAUAUGAAGUCUAUAUUCGUUGAUAUUACUUAGGUAUAUUGCUCGAAUACAGAAAAUACUUGGACACUUAUAUCAUAUCAUGGUAAUCGCCUGAUCCAUUACCAGACGGUAUUCGGGGCCGCUGUUGCGCUGUAUAUACCUAUAUCGCUUUGUCGCGGCUUUAUUAUAUUUCAAAUCCCGAAUUUCAGUUAACGUACCCAUUGGCGCGAGAGAUAAUGUCCGAGAUUACUGUAGUGUCCAGCAACAAGAGCUUUGGAGGUUGGCAAAAGAUUUGUUCACACGAGAGCACAGAGCUCAAGUGUCGCAUGAAUUUUGGAGUAUAUCUACCUCCUCAAGCUGAAGAGGGCCCAGUACCUGUCAUCUAUUGGCUCUCUGGAUUGACCUGCACAGAAGCAAAUUUCAUUCAGAAAGCUGGCGCGCAAAGAUAUGCAGCUGAACAUGGAGUUAUUCUCGUUAUACCAGAUACCAGUCCCAGAGGAGUCAAUAUACCUGGAGAAGAUGCUUCUUCGGAUUUUGGAUCAGGAGCUGGAUUUUAUGUAGAUGCUACAGAAGAGCCAUGGAAAACAAAUUACAGAAUGUUCAGUUAUGUUACCAGCGAGCUACCUGCUUUGAUCAAUGAAAAAUUCCCAACAAUACCUGAUAAACAAUCUAUCAUGGGUCACAGCAUGGGUGGACAUGGGGCUUUAAUCUGUGCUUUGAAAUGUCAUGGACAGUAUAAAUCAGUUUCGGCAUUUGCACCUAUCAACAAUCCUAUAAACUGUGGUUGGGGACAAAAAGCUUUUGCUGGUUACUUGGGUGGUAAAGAAGGCGAUAGUCAUUGGAAUCAGUGGGAUGCUACAGAAUUAACAAAAAUAUAUAAUGGACCGCCUCUGGAUAUUCUUAUUGAUCAGGGUAAAGCAGACAGUUUUCUUAAAGAUCAACUUCAUCCUGAAAGUUUGAUUGCAGCGGCAAAAGAUGCAGCAUCGUUACACUUAGUUGUCAGAAUGCAAGAAGGAUAUGAUCAUAGUUAUUUCUUCAUUGCAACAUUCAUUGAAGAUCACAUUAAACACCAUGUUAAAUAUCUCAAAAGUUAAGGUACGAUGUGUAAUAAUUAUUUGUGAAGUUAUUCAUCUUAAUUUUAUAUUUACAAUAUGCUAAGCAAUGUUUGAUUCAAAGUUUUUAAAUUACUUUCAACCAUGUGCUUCUGUUUAAAAUAGAAUGGCAUUAUCUAUAUAUAUACACACAUAUGGAUUAUACAAAAGAAAAUAUAUCAAAUGUAUUUUAAAAAAACUUUACAAUUUUUCUUCAACCCAUCAACUAAUAUAAUUAAUGAAAUAGAAAUAGAUAUCAAGCAUAGAAUAGAAUUUCUUCUUUUCAUUUUUUCUUUUUUUGAAUUGAUAAAUUAAUUACCUAAACUCAAAUUUUCAUUAAGUAGCUUUAGGAGGGUUUCGGAAUUCAUGCCAAUACUUUAGUAUAGGAGAACGCUUCCGCCAAAUAUUAUCGAUGCCCCAAGUCUGCCACAAUCUAUUAAAAACGAUAUAUUAUCAAUUUGUAAACAUAUUUCUGAUUUUAAUUUAAGUGAACGUUGGAUUUGUGUUCAAUUUUGAAAUAAAAUUAGUUUUAA